AUGCUAUGGAUGAGAUCGAUCCAUCGAUUCUUACUUCAUCAUUUCAUAUUUGUAUGCUUUUUGUGUACUGUUUUCAUAUUUGGUUAUAGUCUCAUCUAUUUUCUCGGUGAUGAUCAAAACCAAGUGUUGGAUUUCAGUGAAUAUGAUGAUAAUAUUACUUUCUGGAGUAAUGAUUAUCAUAUCAGUCCAAUACAUGAUUUGAAGAAUACCUUAACACCACUUGGUGUUCGUUUCAUUGAUGAAAGUCUUUCGGCAUCAUGUAGUACGACGAAAACUUGUGCAAAGCAUCUGUAUGUUUUAUCAACACUUAAUGGAAUGAAUCCGAAUCAAUCGAUUCGUAAACGAUUUUAUGAGUUCUACAAAGAUGAUCCAUUAAUGAAUCAUGUUGAUGCAUUUGUUUGUUUUCAUCCAGCAGCAAUGUGUGAAUUAUUUAUGCCAUUCAAUCGAACAAUUAUCGUUAUAGCAUCAACUCGUUAUGAAUUAGGAAGAUUCGCUGUCGAUGAAUGGAAUCAAUGGAAUCAAAACUUACGUUUGAUCGCUUCAGAUUCUCGCAAUGUUGUUGCUGCAAAUAAUCUGUACGAUGCUGAAUAUAUUCGAUAUUUUACUGGUAUAAAUACAACUGUCUUACCACACAUGUGUGCUUAUACAAACGUUCACUAUCGAUCUGUAAACACUCGUUCGGAAUUCAUAUUGUUUCCUUCGAAUAGCUACGUUCAAUUUACUCAACAAUUCUUCGAAGAAUUGAAUGUUUCCAUAAAAAAAGCCAAAACAUCGAUCAUAGUGCAACCACUACGCAAACUCUACCAUACUUACGAUUAUUCCGAUUUGGUUCGUCAUCCAGGCAUUAUCUAUUUGCCAUAUCAAGUAUCAACAAUGAGUAUAUUCGAACAAUAUACCAUGAAUAUUCCAUUGUUUUUCCCAUCGAUUGAUUUGUUAACUGAAUGGCAUUUGAAAUACAGUCUUGUCUACGAUCGGACAUGGGACAAGGUGUUCACUGGAAAAGGCAAGUCUCGAUCAGCUAUUCCACCGUAUGAUUUAAAUACAACCGUUCCCGAUCCAAAUAAUGAAUUCGAUCGUUCUUCCAUAUAUUAUUGGCUAAAAUACGCUGACUAUUACCAAUGGCCUUACAUAACCUAUUUCGAAUCCAUUGACGAUCUGGUUUCGAAAUUACUUCAGACAAAUUUAAACUAUAUCAGUGAGCAAAUGUCGAUAUACAAUCAAAGAAAACAGUCGAAAUUACUUGAAGACUGGCAGAACAUUCUCAAACGUAUAUCUACGUCAUCAAAGUUUUUAAUGAAAAAAGAAAAAACUCAAUAG